AUGGCAUCCAAGACCAAGAUUCUCAAAGGCCUCAAAUACUUUUCCCAGAUCUUCGAUGAGAAAGACGACGAUAUCCAGAUUGGGUUCCCCACAGAUGUGAAGCACGUUGCUCAUAUUGGAUGGGAUGGUGGCCCUUCCACAGAAGCCCCAAGCUGGAUGAAAGAAUUCAAAUCAGCACCAUUAGCUCCCCCAACCGACGCUAGACAGGAACAGCCCGACAUCCAAUGGGUGUCCGAAGACACGAAAUCGAAGAGGGCCCAGAAGGCAGCUUCCAGCAACAAAGAAACCUCUGACCAAUCAUCGGAUCCCCCAAAAUCGAAAUCGAAAGACCCAAGUAAAUCCCGACAGGCAAGAAAGCACCACUCCCACCAAUCCUCCGGCGACUCCAACGACGGCUCCUCCGUCUCCUCCCGGAGCCUCCCCGACAUCCCCCGGAAGGCCCGCAGAAAGAAGUCCAAGGACGCCGACGGGUCCGGCCGCCGGUCCAGGGCCAGCAGCACCUCCAACGGCGGCGACUCCGGUUCAGAGAUCAACCUUGCAUUGCCGCCGGCGCCGCCCAAGCCCGCCGCCGAUAACAAUGCUGAGUGA